CGCUUGCUGUGUCCCGCACAACGAUGGAGUCUAAACUAUCAUUUACUGUCCGAAAACCCCCAGCAGCCGACAACGACAGGGCCAGCGACAAAUUCAAACUGUCAGCACUCCCUCGCCACCUCUCCAGUGCCGCCAGCUCCGCUUCUGGCUCCCCACUCACAGGUUCUCCUCGUACCUACAGCUCCCGCGAGGAUUCCGACGAUGAAGAGGAGAGCGGGAUCGUGUUCGCCGAUGGUGGGCCUAAAGACGAGCCAGACACCAGCGACGACGAAGACGACCGUCUCGAAGACGAGCUAAUCACUUCUUUCAACAAGUUCGGUGCACAGCGUGUGAAUGGAAAAAAGAAUAAGAGUAAAGCCCCUGCGGGCCCUCUUGUUAUUCCUUCGAAGCCGAAUCCGGAUUGGCGGGAGGCAGCACGGAAACGACGUGCAGGGGCUGCACGGUUCGUACCUGAUUCUGCUAAGGCAAGCACAGGUGCGGACGGGAGCGUUGGAGGACUUGGAACGCGCGACUCCAUCAACUCCGGCCCUCAACUCUCAGGUAUCCAGUUCGGCAACAAAGAAGCCAAAGUAGAAAGAAGUACGACGCCUACUGACGAAGAGAAUAACAUGAUGGUAGAAGAGAGACAAAAAGAAGAUAUUGUAGAAGAGACGGAAGACCAAAAGGCCCUUCGUGCGCUGCUGGAUGGGGGUAUGGACUCGGCGCCUCAGAUCGAUUCUAUUCCUGUUCCUCCCAGCGAAACUGAAGCCCUUCAGCAAGACGUUGUUGAUCUUCCGGAUGUUGCGACUAUCGAGGACUAUGCGCGUGUGCCCAUUACUGCGUUUGGAGCUGCUAUGCUUCGUGGCAUGGGUUGGGUGGAUGGCGGGGCUGUUACAAGCUCUGAACGAGCAAAGAAGAAUGCACUGGUGGAGCCUUACCUUCCGAAAUCGCGCCCUGCACUCUUAGGAAUUGGUGCAAAGGAACAGGAGGUACUAGAUGACGGCAGCAAGCAGAAGAAGAAACGGCGAGGGGACGAGAAGCGGUAUAUCCCGCUUGUGAGACAGGAAAGCAGUAGGGAAGAGAGCAGGAAUGGGAGUGCGACUGUUUCGAGGAGGGCUUCGCGGUCGCCUGAGAGAAGGAGCGAAGCGAAGAGCAGUAGGAGGGACGAUGAUCGUGAAAGGAGGAGUGAUAGAAGGAGGGAUGAUGACUACGACAAGUCUAGGAGAGAAGGUGAUCGCGAUGGGCGACGAGAACGCGACCGUGACGAUCGAGGAGACCGAGAUGGCAGGAGGAGAAGAGAUGAUAGUAGAAGGGACAGCGACAGGGACUUGGACCGAAGGGACCGAGAUCGUGAUGUCGACAAACGUCGUGACAGAGUCCGAGACUACGAUGACCGUGAUCGACGCAAAGACGGGGACAGCAAACGGGGAGGACGGGACAGGCAAGAUUAAUCAUGGUACCAUCACACCUUUCUGUCGUAGGUCUAUGCUACAUCCAUGUAUUGUAUUCUCUCACUGUACGCUGAUGGACGUUUGCUGGAUGACAUUCCUUAGUUUGUUUG